GAAACACUAUUUUUUUAUAAUUGACGUCAUAUCAGAGGAUUUAGGUCGGCAACCAAUAAAACGCAAGCUGUAAGUUUGUCAACUACACCCCGAUCAUAUGAUCAAACUGAAAAUGUCUGACAUUUCAAAGGAUAUUGGAACAAUUUGGAAUCGACUGUUUGACCACAAGAGCUUUCUAUGCGGAGAAAUUCAUUUCACGUUACAGGAAUUCGAGCUCAAAAGGGGUGAAACAGAAGUGGAUAAUUUGUUCAAAGUUAUAGAAAACAUCACCGAUAUUAAAGACACCGAGAUUGGUCGCUUCAAGCAGACUGUUGAUCAAGUGCUACCUCAAACUAACAACGAAUUGCAACAAGCGUUAAGUGUGUGCAGCUGCUUUGCUGAGUUGGAAAACAAAUUCAAAGAGUGUGAUCAUUUGGAGGCAGCUAAGCAACAGAGAAAAGAGGAUUGGGAAAGUUUUAUGGACUAUAUUACCACAACAUACUCCGAAAUCAAUUCCCUGACCGAAAGUAAGGAGGAAAACCUUCAGAAGAUCUAUUUGGAAUUGGAAAAGAAAUUACGUCUUUAAAACGAUGAACACUGGACCAAUAACCAACCCUUCUAUUCAUAUAAAACCAUCAAAGUCACUCUGUG